GCCAUGUGCUUGCCUACAUAUAGUAGGGGUAUGCAUGCUAGUACCUAGCUUGACGUAUCCUCCUUUCCAUCUUUAACUCUACAUAUUAUUUGCCAUCCUCCUCUUCGUAACUAUCGAACAUCAUCUCUCCUGUACUUUUACGGGAUGAUAUGAUAAUUUAACUUGAACUAGACUCGACUUGUAAAUUAGUUAUACCAACAUACAAAGUAACACGAUUGCCCCCCCCUCCCAUUAAAAAGAAGAUGGCUGUACUACAGAAACUACCCGUCUUCCUUUCUUUAAUCUCAGCCCUCCAUCCCAUUCUCGCUACCCCCACCAGCCAGUGGCCAGUCUCCUCCACCACCUCCGAUGAUGAAGAUGACACACCAUUACCUGUCAUCAUUUGGCACGGACUGGGAGACACCUUCGCCGCCGAAGGUCUACAGUCCGUAGGCGCCGCAGUUGAGAAGAUCAACCCGGGCACCUUCGUCUACUACGUGCGACUCGACGAGAGCCCCUCCAACGACCGAACCGCGACCUUCUACGGCAACGUGACGGAGCAGAUCGCCAAGGUCUGCGACGACCUCGCCUCGCACCCCAUCCUCUCGACCGCCCCCGCCGUUGACGCCGUCGGCUUCAGUCAGGGCGGCCAGUUCCUGCGCGGGUACAUCGAGCGGUGCAACUUCCCGCCCGUGCGCAGCCUCGUGACCUUCGGCAGCCAGCACAACGGCAUCGUCGACUAUAAGGCGUGCUCAGCGGCCGACUGGCUGUGCAAGGGCGCCAUGGCGCUGCUGCACGGCAACACCUGGAGCUCCUGGGUGCAGGGCCGCCUCGUGCCCGCGCAGUACUUCCGCGACCCCCGCGACCUCGACAGCUACCGCGAGCACUCCAACUUCCUCGCCGACAUCAACAACGAGCGCGUCCUCAAGAACCAGACCUACGCCAAGAACAUCGCCCGCCUCGAGCACUUCGUCAUGUACGUCUUCGACGACGACACCACCGUCAUCCCCAAGGAGACCGCCUGGUUCGAGGAGGUCAGCGACGAGAAGGUCACCCCGCUCAGGGAGCUCCCGAUCUACACGGAAGACUGGAUCGGCCUCAAGGCUCUCGACAAGAAAGGCGGGCUCAAGUUCAAGACUGUCAAGGGUGCGCACAUGGAAAUCUCAGACGAGGUACUGGAGGAAACAUUUGAUGAGUUUUUCGGCCCCCUGAAGAAGAGUGCCCCGAAGGAUAGCUGGGUGGAGGAAGAGUUGUAAUUAUACUAGGUCUUCACUCACACAUGUAUGCAUCUUGUACGUUAGGGGUCAUAGUUAGGACGUAAGGUAUCGAAAGUAACAUUUAUU